AUGAGAAUGCUCCUGCAUUUGAGCCUCCUCGCUCUCGGAGCUGCCUCCACGUGGGCUAUGGCCGAGAAGAGUCCCAUGGCAAAGCUGGUGGCAGAGACCAUGGCACUGCUCUCCACUCACCAGGCUGUGCUGAUAGGCGAUGGGAACCUGAUGAUUCCUACUCCUGGACACGAAGACCACCAGUUGUGCAUUGAAGAAGUCUUUCAGGGGAUAGAGAUACUGAAGAACGAAACUGCACAAGGGCACGCCGUGGAAAAACUCUUCCAAAACUUGUCUUCGAUCAAAGAAUACAUAGACCACCAAAGGAAAAAUAAGUGUGAAGGGGAACGAUGGAGAGUAAAAAAAUUCCUGGAGUACCUGCACAGGUUUCUUGCUGUGAUGAACACCGAGUGGACAAGUGGAAAGUAGAGACUAAGCUGGCUUCUCGUAGCGAAGGAUUUUGGAGGAGGAGAAGGAUGUUUUCUUACCACAAACAGAAGGGUCGACCAAGGGUAGGGCCUUCAUGUUAAAUGUAAUUAAACUUCCGAGGCAAAGUAUCAGUAAUUUCAGGCAUACUGCUACUUCACUACCUCACUUAGGCAGAAAGCAUAAAACUAAAAUAUUUGAGACAUGUUU